AUGUCCGCUAAGGGCGAUACACAUGAUUCGGAGGACAGUGAGGAAAUCGCAGAAGACGAGUAUCAAGUUGAACGUAUAACUAAAGUUCGUAUUCGCAAUGGUCGAAAGGAAUAUUUUUUAAAAUGGAAAGGCUAUCCCGAAGAAGAAAAUACCUGGGAACCCGAAGAGAAUCUUGACUGUCCAGAUUUAAUUAAGGAAUUUGAAGAAAGAAUGAAGAAAGAGCGUGGGCCAGCUACGCCUUCGCGCGCGUCGACAAGUACAGCUUCAAGAGGGCGUGGCAAAUCGUCUACGGCUUCCCCUGGGUCCUCUUCUGAUGCGGUUGUCGAGCCUGCAAAAAGCAAAAAGAGGAAUCGGCUUUCGGCUUCUGCUGAGGAGGAUGAAGAUUCCGCUCCAGAAUCCAAGAAGUCUGCCGAGGAAACCCCCAAGUCUGGGACUCCUUCAAAGACAACCCGAGGCUUCAGCCGCGGUCUAAAACCAGAUCGAAUUAUUGGUGCGACGGACUCCAGUGGGGAACUUAUGUUUCUUAUUAAGUGGAAAGAUUCUAGCGAGGCUGAUCUUGUACCUGCAAGAGAAGCCAACGUUAAAUGUCCUCAAACGGUCAUCCGAUUCUACGAGGAACGUUUGACGUGGCACACUCCUGACACUCGUGGUGAUUCCAAUGUGGGUACCGCUUUCGCCGCAAAUACGACUGUUCCUACCACUAGCACUGCUAAUGAAACCACUCAACCGGUUGAAGCCCCGCCUGUACAGACUUCUGAUGGCGCCGCAGCAACAGUGGCGUAG